AUGGAUGGACUUGACAAAAUAAUUGUUGUUACGAUUUGUAGUGCUGUAGGUCUUAUAUUAAUAAUUGCAAUAAUUUCUGUUAUUAUUUGGUUUAUUCUUCGUCGUAAAUCUAAUACAACAGCUUACAAUCGAAAAUCUAAUAUAUUUCGUCGACCACAAUAUCAACGUUCGAAAAAAUUCUUCUCAAUUAAAUUUCAUAGUACUAAUGUUAAAACAGGAAAAAGUAAAUUUAAUACAAGUGAUUCAUCGGUAUCAUUAUCAUUUAAUCCACCACAUUUAAUUAAUCAAAAUGUAAAAAAUCUAGAUAAAUUAUCAACAUCAACAAAUCUAGAUCGGUAAAAACAACGAUUGAAUUAAAUUCUUCAUAGGCUUUUUUUUUGGUUUAAUCCGUGAGAUUAUUGUUAAACACUUGAGCUGACAAAAGUGUGUAAUUUUUGAUUCAAUUAAUACAAGUAUUGAGUGUUAAUUUUUGAAACUAAUUAUACUGACUAUUAGUGAUGCGAUCGGCAAAAAAGUUGUAGGAGGAUGAGGCUGAUCCACCGCCUGGUUACUCACCUACUGACCAAUUUAACCAGGUCUGAACAAGGUUUUAUUGAAACCAAUAUUGAAGAUAUUUUUGCAGAUAUGGAGAAUAUUGUAUUCGUAUUAUUUUUAUUUGCAGGG